UAGACCUUGAGGUUAACCGCUCACUGAAAAGAGUCAAUUUGAACUUAACUUGUGUAACGGGUUGGAUCUCUUGGUUCUAGUUUUGAUUCUAAGUUUGUUUUAAUAUGAGUAAGACGCAAGUGCAUUGUGCGCGCUUACUGGGUCAUCGACCCACCUUAUCUUAUGUUUUCAUCUCCAGCUUUAACGCUACACUGCAUGCUCCUUUUGUACACAAAGUACCCUCUGGCUUGACACGAAUCAAUACACUAGACUCUAUUAGUGUUGCUAGUUGUUACAAGUCACUCCUUUUACUCGGCGUAAGUGCAUUUUUCAAAAGGACGGUAGCAUUUGUUACAGGCUUAACUUCUUUCAGAUCUGUGUUUUCUGUUCUUGUUCGAUAUGCUUGAAGAGCUUAUGACUUAAUCUUACUGGUUGAAGUGUACUACGCUGAUGACCUAGGGCGACUUAUCAGCCUAUUAGGAAACGCUACCUAGUUAUAUAACAAUUGACAAUGUAAAUUGGUGGUAUAUAUACAUAAUUUACUGUUAUAACCUGUAUCGGUUUUGGCACCGAGCAGUAUUUCAGCCCUCACAUAAAUCGAAUGAUUUAUGUGGUGCAUAUCUAUCUGGUGCCUCUUUAUACCAAUGUUUAUGUGUUUAAAUAAAUAAAUAAAUAUAAUAGUAGAAUAACAGUCUUGAUCUGAAUAAUUAACUCUCACAUAUCAAAUUAUCCGUUAUAGUAAAAGACAUAAGUCAGGUUUGCAUAUUAGAACUCGAACUAGCGCUGUGGUUUAGAUUGAUCACCCUACAGAGUUUUGGUCACUGACUCUCAAUGACAUCAGUUGUCACUUAAAAUUGUUGUAGUCAGAUAUUAAGGAUUAAAAUGUGGCUUUUUGUUGGUUUUAAACGUUAGUAUCCGUGUUCUCGUAAUAAGUCUAUAACAGCUACAAUGAAGUGCUUUUUCACUCUUCAAUUGAAAAGAACAACGGGCUUGAAAUUCAGAGCAAGAGUAGUAAAGGAAAGUUAUCACCUAUCUUUAUCUAAACUCUCUUGACUAAACACUGUAUCACAUCAAGUACUUCAGCACAUAUUUCAUCUUAGGAGCAGGUGUGUCCUGUUAUUUUGCUCAACCACCACUUAACGUGGACUUUUUGGUUGGAAACAUUUUAUGACUAAACCAUUGUCAAUAUUACUUAGUUAAUAUUAAAAUGCUAGUUAUCUACUAUUACAUUUGCAAUUUCUCACGAUAUACUUGAGGUGCUAUCUUAAUUUUGAUCGGUUAGCUCAGAGCCUCCAAUAUACCAUACUUUUUCUUUGCAGCUAACUAGUAAUAAAGACUUGUGUAGUAACAACCUUGUUUAUUUAUGCUCCUAAUCAUAUAUAUAUGUAUAUAUAUUGAUAUCUCAUCUUGGUAUAGCUACAUCAGUUGGUAACUGAGUGAAUGUCAUAAGAUACCUGACUUGAGUGGAAUUACGUAUUUGGUGGCUGAAAAAAUUAGGGCUCUAUAGGCGUAAGGUAAGUGGUGGUACAGUACUGCCCGAAAAAGCACCUAAUUCUUGUACCACCUAAUCACUGCUCUUGUGAUAGGGGCCGACCAUUUAAACAUUAUAACACGCACUGGAAAGCCAUUUUCACGGUAAUAAAUGCUAGUUUAUAAGUUACGGAAUUUUACGAAACAAACCAAAAUGAAUUAUUUUUCAGUUACAGGAGGAUUAGAGCAAAAUUUGCACCUAUUAUGAACCAUGUUUCGAUGAUAGCGGUUAAGUAUUUUCUGUAAUUUUUAAUUCACAUCAGUAUGAACCUGGUUUAUUUUGUCGUAAUUUGUCGGGGUAGAAUCAUUACCCGUUAAUGGUCACUGCUUGGGGUAAUAGUUUAAUUCCGAUCAGAAUCUGUUUGGUUACAGUAAGAAGCUGUAAAUGGGUAUUUCAGUUAACACUAAAUCAUAACAAUUAACGCGAAUGGAUUAUCAUGCUUGGAUGGAUAUCUCUUGUAGGUUCCAUUUCUGUCGAUAUUUCGUAAUGUCAAUGAAAACAAAUGAGGAAACAUUGUAUUAAAAGUAAAAAUGGUGGAUUGAUUUCCUAUAAAAAAUCUAAAGCAAAGGAGUUAGUUAAUAAUGCCAACAAAAUAUCUUGUUUAAUAAAGGAACUCAAUAUAUCAUUAGAAAUUCCUGACUAUCUAAAUGUAAAUAAUGCUAUCACUAUUGAAUGUAUAAAAGCAUCUAAAGCUGAUGUAGCAAUUAUUGACGAAUUAAUGCAACUACUUCAAGAAAAUAUGCAAAGUUUGUAUAUUUUAUCGUCAUGGGGUUGGAAUACAGAAGCUAAACGAGCUGAAGCAUUUUCAUCAAAAUCUUGGUUAAUUAUAUGUCGUUGUCAAACUUCUGAUAUUCAGUCCAUAGCUGGAUUUGUUAGUUUUCGGUUUGAAUGUGAAGAAGAACAUCCUGUGUUAUAUUGUUAUGAAAUCCAAUUAUACCCACAAUUUCGUCAUUUACAUGUUGGAACAUUUUUAAUGAAUAUAUUAUUAUCUAUUUCAUUGGCAUUGAAUAUGCAUCGUGUCAUGUUGACAGUGUUCAAGUCGAAUAAAAGUGCUAUUAAGUUUUUUGAGAAACUAGGAUUUGAAACUGACGAAACAGAUCCUUCUAUGUUCAAAGGAGUUAAAACUGUUGACUAUAGAAUUCUGUCCAAAUUAACUAUUAAAUGAAAUUUGAAUUUUGGAAGUCAAGUUACUACAUAUCUACGAACUUGAACUAUAAAUCUUUAAAAAGUCAUUUUUAUAUGUAUUUUUAUUGCUCAGUUUAAAAUACAAUCAUAAACUUUUGUUA